AUGGAGACUCGUUCUAAAAGUAAACGUAUAGGGCCGCUGCCCGGGGGCGAUCGCCGGGGCGCACCUGGAGCUGACGCUGGGUGUCUCAGCAUGCGAACCGUCAGCGGUGAGGAGUUGAACAGGCGGGCUCCCACCGACAAAGAUGCUACAGCCGAAAUCAUUGACGAUGGUGAUCGACUGACGGACAGGACGGACACCCCUGUAGAACAGUAUAGACCUAGCACAGUAUCAUACACACCCUCAAGACCAUCCAUACCAUCGUCACCAAUACUUUCAUCACCCCCCAUCAUUAGUUUAAAUACAGUUCCACCCACUUCCACUUUGAAUGCUGCGCGGGGGGUAUCUACCUUCUUACCUGCGUCCACCAAGGCUGGAAAAGCAAGAGUUCGCAUGAAAUGGAGUAAAGAAGUAAAUCUAUUUAUCAUGCGAACUUAUCUAUAUAUUACUAAAUUAGAGACCGAUAUGACCGCCUAUAGACAACAAUUACAUGCACUUUUCACUCGACAAUAUCCAGAAAUUACCGUUUCAGAACAAAGAAUCUCAGACCAAAGAAGAACCAUAGUUAGGAAUAAACUUCUAUCUCAAGAAGAAAUACAUCAAUUAAAAGAAGAAGUACGAAUACAAUUACUGGAAGAAGAAGUGGUUAAUAAUUAUGGAGAUACUAAUAAUACCAAACAAAGCACAAAUGAAAAUAGUCAUCAUGUACAACCACAAUCGCUUAAUCAAUCACAACUCAUUUAUGCACAACCUCAGCCAUACAACCAUUCACAAGCCUAUAUACAAAGAUCACACUCAUCCACACAAACCGAAUCGAUAAUACUAACACUAGAAAAUGACAUUGAGACCAUAGUUGUUCCAGAUCAACACUUAACAACAGAUACAUAUAUUCAAGAAAUUAAUGAGAAAUUUAGAACAACAAUAACACAAUACUCUGGGAUGGACCCAGGAGUGCGACCAAGAUUACCCAAACUUAAAUACACGCCUAAACUAUUUCGUCUAAUAAAUUUAUUUAAUGAAACUAUACUCACACGAUAUAUAUCUGAUGACACACAACUCAUAGACAUACAUUUACUUAUAUAUUGCACAGCGGUAGUAAUAUCUGAAGAAAUGAACUUUCAAAUCACAGACCACAUAAGAACGCCAAGAACAAGACAAAAUAUAGAACCAGCGUGGCAACAGAGACUAGAAAAAGACAUUGAAAAAAUACGGGCAAACAUAGGCAGACUCACUCAAUAUAUUAACGGUUGUAGAUCUAAUAAACUAGUAAAAAAAGUUGAGGUCAUAUUUAGGAACAAUUCCACGCACACCAGACACGAAAAAAGUAACACAAGACCCGAAGAAUUUUUAGACACCUUAAAACAAAAACUAGCACUCAAAGUUCACAGGCUCAAAAGGUACAAAAAGGCAUUACAACGCAAAAGAGAUAACACCACAUUUGCAACAAACGAAAAGAUGUUUUAUAGGAACCUACAAAAACCACAAACAGACACAAUUGAUGAAAAUACCAGAAACACAUCCAACCUACCUACAAAAGAAGAACUAGAAGCAUAUUGGGCUAGUAUUUGGGAAGAGCAAAAACAACACAACGACAAAGCAUCUUGGAUAGUGGAAGAAGAAGCAAAAUGGAGAGAUAUUGACGAGAUGGAAUUCGCAGAGGUAACAGAGACAGACAUUACACAUAUUACAGCUAGAUUACAUAAUUGGAAAUCGCCUGGUAUAGACAAUAUACAUAAUUUCUGGUACAAAAAGUUAACCUCAUUACACAAAUCUAUAGCUAAAAAUUUAACAGAUAUUAUAGUAGGACAACAGAAUGUGCCCGAAUUUAUUGCAACAGGAAUUACUUACAUGCUACCUAAAACCAAAAAUUCACCUCAGCCUUCCCAAUACCGACCAAUUACAUGUCUACCCACAAUUUACAAAAUAUUGACAUCUGCAAUUACAAAGAAAAUUCACUCACACAUCGAACAUCACAAUAUAAUAGCGGAAGAACAGAAAGGAUGUAGACAGGGCCACAUGGGGUGCAAAGAACAGCUGAUUAUUGAUUCCACUGUUCAUAAACAUGCCACCUCCAAAAACAGAAAUUUGCAUUGCACCUAUAUUGAUUAUAAAAAAGCUUUUGACAGUGUUCCUCAUUCUUGGUUGUUACAAAUAUUAGAGAUUUAUAGAAUAAACCCGAAAAUAAUAGAUUUCUUACGCCGUAUAAUGUUACAAUGGAAAACAAAACUACAAAUAAAUUGUGACAAAAAUACUAUCACAACACGAUAUAUUUCCAUCAAAAAAGGCAUCUACCAAGGCGACUCUCUAAGCCCACUGUGGUUCUGUCUCGCCCUAAAUCCUCUGUCUCAUUUGCUGCAGAGCUGUAAGGCAGGAUAUAGUCUAAAAAAUAAUACAGACGAAACAACAAUAUCGCAUCUUAUAUACAUGGACGACAUCAAAUUAUACGCGAAAACAGAAAAAGAUAUGAAGAAAUUAGUAGAUAUUACAGCAGAAUUUAGUAACAAUAUUAAUAUGCAAUUUGGUUUGGAUAAAUGUAAAACACUUCACACCGUAAGAGGCAAAGUAAGGCCCGGCGACUAUGUAGUGAAUGACACAGAUGUUAUUACAGCAAUGGAACCGACUGACUUGUAUAAAUAUUUAGGGUAUGUGCAACUUAAAGGUCUUGACCACGUACGAAUAAAAAGUACACUAACUACGGAAUACAAGAGAAGACUUAACGCCGUUUGUAAAAAGCAGCUUUCAGGUAAACAUCUCAUCAAAGCCAUAAACACCUUCGCCAUUCCCGUAUUAACGUACUCAUUCGGGGUUAUAAAAUGGUCCAAAACUGACACAGAACAAUUAGAACGUACUACACGAACAACACUUACGAAACAUAACAAUCUGCACCCUAAGUCCGCCAUAGAAAGAUUAACCAUAAAACGGGAACUUGGAGGGAGAGGUCUAAUAGAUAUUCAGCACCUAAGGCAGAAACAAGUUGAACGACUAAAAUCGUUCUUCUACACAAAGUCUCACACUAGUAAUAUACAUAAAGCCAUAGUAACAAAUGAUAUUAACUACACUCCACUUAACCUUAGCAAUCAAAUAGAAACCCAAAACACUACCAUUGAUAACCAGCAGACACAAAAAAUUGAGGAUUGGAAGAGGAAAGUACUCCACGGUCGGCACCCUCAUGACUUGGAGCAACCACACAUAAAUAAGUUAGCUUCAAAUAAAUGGCUGAAAAUAGGCAACUUAUUUCCAGAAACCGAAGGAUUUAUAAUAGCUAUUCAAGACCAAAUCAUAAACACAAAAAACUACAGGAAAUACAUAAUAAAAGAUCCUACAGUAAUUAAUGACAAAUGUCGCAAAUGCCACAUCCACCCAGAAACCAUCCAACACAUAACAGGCGCAUGCACAACUCUGACGCAGACUGACUACACCCACAGGCACAACCAGGUGGCCAAUGUCAUUCACCAAAAACUAGCACUCAAACACGCACUCAUUAAAAAUACGAACACUCCUUACUACAAUUAUACACCAAAAAUUACCCUAGAAAAUACUACACAUAAACUCUUGUACGACCGCGCCAUUCUUACUGACAAGACAAUCCAUUAUAACAGACCAGAUAUAAUCCUACAAGACAAAAUAAAUAAAAUUACGUACCUGAUAGACAUUGCAGUUCCCAACACACACAACAUACAGAAGACAAUCACAGAAAAAAUUUGUAAGUACGCGGAGCUCAAAGAUGAAGUGACUAGAAUCUGGCGACAAGAAAAAGUAUAUGUGGUUCCUAUAGUCCUCUCCACAACAGGCGUAAUACCAAAUCAUCUCCUCCAUAGCUUGACACUAUUAGACCUAAAGGAAACCCUCUACAUAACACUGCAAAAAGCCGCUAUAUUAAAUACAUGCAGAAUUGUCAGGAAAUUCAUGCAAAUAGAAGUAAACGAAAUAGGACCUCAUGAAAAUACAUAA